UUGAUUCAGAGGUGACUUGAAACAGAGAGAAUAUGCCAAAGCCAAACGCAUUCUAUAGUGGUUGGGAAAAGCCAUGAUAUUUGAGUCUUUCGCUUUUGAAUUUAUAUAGUUUUAUGAGUCCAAUGAUGUCUUGAUAUUGUGAUUACAGGUUCUUCCCUGUGUGUCAUUUGUCAUUGCAUAUCUUGGUGAAAGGCUCUGCAUAAUAUCCAAGAAUGCGCAGUCAAUUGCUGCUAGACUAUCCGCCUCCCUAAAUGUGGUGAUCCCAGAUUAUUGCAUUUUCAUGUUUUAGGUACUUCCAUCAAUGCUUGUUGUAAAUGCUAACAAUGGAGAGUUCAGUGAGUGCUCGCGAUUCCAGAGGCAUGCUCUUGAUGAUUUGGUACAAAGUUGCAUCUUGUUGCUUGUUUUUGUUGCUUCUAUAGAUUCCAGGAGGUUGGUCCAUCCUGACAAAAAUCCGGAUGAUCCUCAAGCCGCUGAGAGAUUUCAGGUCCUUGGAGAAGCAUAUCAAAUCUUGAGUGAUCCGGUGCAAAGGAAAAUCUACGAUGGGAGUGGUACAAUUGGCGUUUCUAGGGCUAACAUGUUAGAUGCUACUGCCGUUUUUACCCUUCUCUUUGGAAGUGAGCUUUUUGAGGACUAUAUUGGACAUCUUGCUGUGGCGUCAAUGUCUUCAUCAGAGUUAAAUAAUGAGAAUGACAAUCCCGAGAAACUUCAAGAUAAGUUGAAGCUACAUAACAGAAGUUGGAGAUGGAUGGUGAAGGUGGGAAGAAGCUAGGGACAUGAUGAAGGAAAUGCUUGCAAUGUUGAUAAGACAUGAGUUCUCUGUAGUCUUUAUUGUUCAAGCCUACUUAAUCAUGAUGGUUGGAUUUGUUAAUAAAACAUGUGUCAAACACUUGUUAUUUGUUUAAUAGAAUUGCGUUUAAAUCUAUUUACUAAUGUUAUUAUUUGUUUCA